AUGGUUCUCGCAAUCCCCUCCGCCAGCCUCGAAGGCAAAGUCGCCCUCAUCACCGGCGCCGGCCGGGGCAUCGGUCGCGGCGUAGCCCUCGAACUCGCCCGCCGCGGCGCCUCCAUCGUGGUCAAUUACGUCUCCUCAGCCGGCCCCGCCCAGGAAGUCGUCAAGGAAGCCGAGUCCUACGGCACGGGUGCCCGCGCGGUCGCCAUCCAAGCCGACGUGUCCCGCGUGUCGGAGAUCAAGCGGCUUUUCGAAGAGGCCAAGGCCCAUUUCGGCCGGGUGGACAUUGUGAUGUCCAACAGCGGGACGGAGUCGUGGGAUAAGACGGAGGAGGUGACGGAGGAGAAGUAUGAUCAUGUGUUUAACUUGAACGCGCGCGCGCAGUUUUUUGUGGGCCAGGCGGCGUUUGAGCAUUUGGAGAAGAAUGGCCGGCUGAUUUUGAUGACGAGCAUUGCGGCGGGGCUGUUGGGGGUGAAGAACCAUGCGUUGUAUAAUAGUAGUAAGAUGGCGGUGAUUGGGAUGGUGAAGGCGUUUGCGACGGACUUUGGGGUCAAGGGGAUUACCGUCAAUGGGGUCGCGCCGGGGGGGAUCAAGAGUGAUAUGUUUACGGAGAAUGCAUGGCAUUAUAUCCCGGGGGGUACGCCGGAUAUUCCUGCGGCGGAGAUUGAGCGGAAGAUGGCGGAGCAUUGCCCGCUGGGCCGUUGUGCGGUGCCUCAGGAUGUUGCGAGGGUCGUGGCGUUCCUGGCGAGUGAGGAUGGUAGCUGGGUUAACGGUCAAAUCCUCACCAUCUCGGGCGGUUCUUCGCAGUAA